AUGGAGUCUGAAAAUUUAAUUGGUGAAGAGGAUAUUGACAUUAGAAAGAGAUUCAUCAAGGCUGAUAGUAUAAUCAAAAAAACGUCGCUAAAAUCCUUAUCAACGUUUCAAAAUAAAUAUUAUAGUACCUUAAUUGAUGUAAAAGAAAUAACAAAGAGUCUUAAAGUGCCUACUCAAAUUAAUUAUUCUAAUUUGGAUCAGUUGGGAAGUUCACUUCUUGAACUCCCACCUAAUAUUUCCAAUUUAAUUGAAGAUAGUGAAGCUAGUGCAUCUCAAAAGGAUUAA